AUGGAGAGAGGGAAAUCCGAAGAGUGGCAGCAAGUUCAACGAAGGAAACAAUAUGGGAGGGAGUUCGACAUCAACGGGAAGGCUGUCACUUCUACUUCCAAAACUUUCCUCCAGAUUGGACUGAAGCAGCGUUGUGGAAGACUUUUAGGAGAUACGGGGCCGUUUCUUCGAAUCCCAGAUGUUCUUUCAUUUGAAAAGAGGCUAAAUGGGAUCUAUAUUGGAGCACAGAAGAUCGAUGUAAAUGUGGCUAAAUUCGAUAGGAAGGAGCUGGCCAUAAGAAACAAUUCGCAAGGGCGGCAAAAUGGACCUGGCUCCUCCCAAAAGUCUCACCUGAGGGGCAACAAAUCUUUCGCUAAUGCAGUUAAAGGAAUAAAUCAUCCUGUGGAGGAUGCCAGGAACAUGGAGAACUCAAAAGCAGGUGAGGGGACAAGAAAGACAGCUGAUGAGGAAUCAUGUAAGAAAACCAUCAAUUUGUUAUCCUCUGCGGAGGUAAAAGAGUACAUGCAAAAUACUCUACUGGUAGGAGAGGUUGAAAACUUCCAAGCUCUCAUGAACGUGAAAGCUUUUCAAGAAGUCGAGGGAUGCCAAUCGAUUAACAUGCGAUACCUGGGGGGAUUAAAAAUGCUCAUUGAGUUCGCUAAUGUAAACGUGAAAGACAAUUUCCUAAGGAAUGGAGCGGAAAUAUGGCAGCCAUGGUUCAAAAGUCUCAAGCAGUGGCGCGUAGAAGAUAAUCAUAAUGAAAGGGUGGCUUCUAUAAUUAUUCAGGGCGUACCCCAACAGGCUUGGUGUGAAGAAGCUUUCAGCAUCAUUGCAAGCGAUUGGGGAACUGUGUUAUCCCUGAAGAAUGUGUUACUGACUCCCCUAAUCUGGCUUUCGGUAGGGUUGGAAUUCUAA